AUGAAUGACGAAGACAUUUCGACACUCUUAUGGCGGUUAGAAAAUGGAGAGGUAUCAGAAGAUGAAAGUGAUCUAGACGAGGAUGCCUUAGACUAUUAUGAUAAUGUCGGUGAGUUGCAAGCAGAUCUUGAAAGAGAGAACCAAAUACUAGAAGAAAUAUUGACCGAAAAUGAUGGGACAGCCCCUGAUCCUCCACUAAUAUUUGAUGAACUAGUAGAAAACCAGCCCCAUUCCAACGCCACUCCUAGUUUACGGGAUUUGAUAUGGAAAAAGAAGAAUUUGGAUUUGGUGGAUCAGGCUUUUACAUUUCUUGGAUGUACUGACUACCCUCCGAUUAUUAUGAAUUUAUCUACCCCUUAUCAGUAUUUUUCAUACUUUUUUGAUGAAAGUUUACUCGCAAGAAUCGUUACUGAAUCUAAUAAAUAUGCCAUACAAAAAAAUAUUAAUUUUUCUGAACCAAUGACAGUUCUGGAACUGAGAAAAUAUAUUGGUAUCUUGAUUUAUACUUCGGUAUAUCACUAUCCUAGUAUAAGAUCCUACUGGGCAAAUAAUGUAAGAUUCCAUCCAAUAGCUGAUACGAUGACCGUUAACCGUUUGUUAAUAAUGAAGGUCACUUACCCCGUGAACAUCCUGAACAUGACAGAUUACACAAAAUACGAACAAUAG